AUGUCAAAACUGUGUGCUCUCAUUGACGAAGGUAAGAACCCAGACGAAUUCAAGUUUGAUGGUGCUGACGAAGACAAUGAAAUUAGCACAGGCACGUUUACAACCGCUAAAAUGAUGGAACUUCUGCUUAGUAUGUCAACUGAAAUAAAACAACAGAUCAAGGAACAGUCCGAACAGAUCAAAGAACAGUUCGAACGACAGUCCGAACGACAGACAGAGGAGUUAAAACAGAUCAAGGACCAGCUAAAACAAGUAAAAUUGGAAGUGGCAGAACAGAUUGAAGAACAGUCAACAAGAAUAGAAAUGAUCGAGCAGAAACUUGAUCGUCAGACCGUUGAGGUAGAUCAAAAGAUAGACAAAUUGAAGCGAGAAUUGGAACAAUCCAAAAAAAUGGCCAUGCCGUUAGAUUACGCAUCCGGAAGAACUUUGAAGGUACCAGCAUUUGACGGAGAGAUGUCCUGGAACGUUUAUAAAACCCAGUUCGAAGCAGUGGCAACUAGUAACUGUUGGAACGGAAAAGAACGAGCAACAGCACUGAUACUGGCCCUGCGAGGUUCAGCAGCAGAGGUUCUUUGGACGAUUCCGGCGGAGAACCACUUCAACUAUGAAGUUCUUGUUAGCGCGUUGGAUUUACGUUAUGGUGAAGAACACAUGAAACAGAUUUAUCGGUUUCAGCUUAGAAACAAAACGCAACGAUCUGGUGAAUCCAUUCAGCAGCUGGCACAAGAUAUCGAACGGUUGAUAUUGCUGUCGUAUCCGACAUCAGACCCCGAGCAUAGAGACGAAACUGCCCUGGAUACGUUUAUCAAAGCCCUUCGUGAUUCGGAACUCAAGCAAUCCCUUCUCUUGUCAGAUAAACGAAAACUCAAGGAUGCCGUUGCGCACAGUCUCACUUUUGAAUCGGCAAAGCAAGCAUCAAAAAGUGACGUAUGUCUACGCCAAGUACAUGAAGAAUGCUCUAGCCAGAAGGUGGUUGUGAAACGCGAACCCCAACAGCAUGGUGUACCCCAAUGCUGGAUCUGUGGUGAAAAAGGCCAUCUAUGUCGUGAUUGUAAACACCGCCUAAAAGAUAACCACUGCCGACAAGAUGGCGCAAAAGAAGAGAAGAUGAUCCUGUAUCACGAUCGGCCCCUUCUAACGAAGGAGCGGAAAACUAAUAAGAGCCAACUUUGCGAGGCAGUGGUUGGCUAG